AUGGAGAUACAAGCGCCUGAAGGGCACAAGAAGCGGCAUGGACUUGCUCUGUUUUUCCCUGGGGGCAGCACUGGGAUGAAUGGGUUGGACCUGCGAGGAAGGGGGCGGGCGCAGCAGAGGGGAAGAAGAGGCCGCGCAGUGGGGAGAGGGUGGGCUGGAUCGGGCGCCAAAGGGGCGCUGCAGCAGCAGCUGGCUGGGCUGGAAUUGCGCGCCCGCCGACCCAAGCAGCCGCUCCAGCAGGACGGCCGUCGGCCCACUGUCACCCUGGCGCUGCGUUGCUUGGAUGGUGUGUUCCUCUCCCCCACGGAGAAUGAUUUUGUCAACAAGAUCGUCGAGGAGCUGGACCACUUUCUGCUUCAGAACCAGCUGGAGAAAGUUCUCUUGUUUCCUCCCUUGUCCAGUCGUCUCCGGUACCUGAUUCACAGAACCGUGGAUGAUGUUGACCUCUUGAGCAGCUUUUCUGUCGGGGAAGGAUGGAGGAGGAGGACUGUAGUCUGUCACUCAGCAAUAAGGUUGCCUGACGAUCAAGACGACGCCCCUAGCAAUGCCUGCAUCCCAAGCCGCCCCCCCAGUUCGAGAAGCCGAGGAGGCAGGCCCAGGGGAGGGCCGCGUCGUGGGGAAGCGCUGGCUGAUGGCUCUCAAGUUCGGAGAGGGAAUGGUCGGGGCCGGAGGAAGAAGCCAGACAGAGCUCUGUACGUUCCUAGGGUGAUGCGCAAGAAGCCCGAAGCUCGGAGAAGAGAAGAUGUGGAAGCUUUUGGAACCGAGCCGGUCGGCUUUGGGCUGAAUGAGGAUGAUGAGCCCAGAAUGUCCAGUGUCAACUCUGACAGGAAAGAAGUUCUAGAUGCCAGCCGAAUACCUAGUCACAUUGAUCCAGACUUGGAAGCUCAGAGCCCUCGAGAGACGUGUAUAAAUAAUCUGGAGGCUGGUAGUAAAAGUGGAAAGGGGCCCCUGGAGUGUCCCGUGUUGGAAUGUGCCCCACCGUCUUCGAAAGAGGAAGGCCAAAGUCAUGUCAAGGAGACCACCUCCGUGUCGGAGAGCAGCCAGAAACUGGCCCCACUGGAGAGUGAAUGUAAGGGUGGCACAGAUGCUUUGAUACCAGAGCGCUGCGAAACCUCAGGCCUACCAGAAGAGCAUGAAGAAGGAAGGCUUGGCAACACAUUGUUGGAAGGAAGUCGAUGUCCGCUUCUGCAGGAAGGCCAGAGCGAGAGCACUGCCGAGGCCGUCACUUUGGGAUUGGCCCCAAACUCACCUGUGGUGGAAGAUCAGGGGAAAAGAAGCCCGCUUUCCAUUACGCUGGAAAGCAGCAUGACUCCCACCCUACCUGAAGUCUGCAAGAGAGAGGGUACGGGCGCCAUCUUGCUGAAGGAUAGUGGCAAUCUGUUCACCUUGGAGGAUCAGAGUAACGAUUGUGUGUGUGCUGGUGGAGAGGAGUGUAGCGUCCCGCUGCUUUUGCUGGAAGAGGGUGCUGGGCAUGUUGCAGCAUCCCAACACGACCCCAGAGUCUCCGCAUUGGAAACCCAGGAUGAGAACGGCGUUGAUGCAUCCUUAGUGGACUGUAGCCAAUCUGGGCUCUCUGGGCCGAGCAUUCAGGACCAAAGUGCUCCUAUAUUGGAAGAGGACGCGUCUCCUGUCCUGGGCUCUUGCAGAGAUCCAGCUGUGAUAGAGCCUCAGAGACCGCUCUGUUUGAAUGUCUCCAUCUCGGAAAAUGGCAAAACUGACCUUGUGCUUGAAAGUCGGGAGAGAGAAGCGAUUGACCUGGGAGCUAGUGAGUGGCCUGGGCUGGUUCUGUCUGCAGGUGACAGAAGUUUGAUGAGCUCGGCAGUGGAAGAGAAGGACAGCAUCUUUGAAGAGGAUUGUGGUGCUGAACUCUUACAAGAGAUCACAAAUUAUUUGACCAUAAAGGACAUAAGCAUUGAGAAGAUCCAGUUUGACUACUCCAGCUAUGGGGAGGCACAAAUCAAUGAGGGAGAUUUUGGACAUGUGCUAGAGAUCUAUGAUUUUUCACCCUCCUUGAAAACGGAGCACCUUCUGGAGAUUUUCACAGACUUCCAAGAGAGUGGAUUUAAAGUGCAGUGGGUUGACGAUACUCAUGCUCUCGGGGUCUUCUCCAGUUUGGUAGCAGCCUCUCAAGCCUUGGAAAAGAGUUAUGAAUCCUUAAAGAUCCGGCCCUUAAUCCAUGGCACAAGACAGUCAAAAAUCAAGGCUCUUCAACGGCCAAAGCUCCUUCAACUGGCCAAAGAGAGACCCCAGACAGACACAGUGGUGGCUAGAAGGCUGGUGACCAGGGCCUUGGGACUGCAACGCAAACCCCAGCGGUACACAAACCGGGACGUACCAGAGCCAGAAAACGCAGACCCACCAGAGUAAAACAGAUUGCCUGAUAAAUGGCUUGGGGUGAUCAUCUGGACACGGUAUUAAACUGUACAGAACUGUACCAUGAUGACAAUGGGCUUCCUCUGUGCAUUUUUGGUUGUUCUUGAGAUAGUGGGGGAGUCUAUGAUGGUCGCUGGUAGCGUUAGCACCAGCAAAGGUUGACAAGUGUGAAUGCCAGGAUUCUUGUGGCUUUUCCAGGUAGCAUGCAGACAUGUUGAGGACCACAGGAGGGCACUCUAGCACAGUAAGAGAUUUUUCCUCUAAUGUUGUCAAAGUAGCAUACGCUUUUUGCGAGUUGACUGAUUUAACCAAUGUUUUUGGAACGUUCCAGAGGAAGUUUGGAAACCUCCUUCGGUUGGCAGACAUUCCUUGCUUCCUGACCCAUUAGGGUGGAAACUACAGGAUUGCCCUCUUUCUUGGGGGUAUCCCAUUUUGGGCCCCCAGAGAUGGUUGGACUACAACUCCCUUCAUCCCUUUGGCCAUUGUGUCUGGGGCAUGAUGGGAGUUGCAGUCCAACAGCAACUUGGGGACCCAAAGUUGGGCAUCCUGGCACUCUCUCAUGCCUUGAAUGUCUGGGCUUUACCACUUCUCGCUUGUAAAGUAAGGACAGGCAAGUGUGCUUUCCAGCAGAGGAGCAAUAGGGUUGUUCUCACGAUUGGCAUCGGGGCUGGAGAAGCCUCCGACCCUCAUUUGGGAGCCAUGUGUACUUCCAGUUGGCCAUCGCUAGAAUCCUGCAAGGGAGGAGGAGGAGGGGGAAAUAGUCUGCAAGGUCUGGAGGCGAGGGGAGUAUUUUCUCUCUACUCUCACGCUGGAGCUGGAUACAAGUUCUGGGCUGGCCUCUGCUGCCUGCCUCCAUACCCAGGCCACAGAUGAGCAUUUCCCCUUCCUCCUUGCUCGCUUGCUUGCUUGUAGGAUUCUCACGAUGACCAAUCGGGAGCUUCUCCUACACAGUCUUGAGAACAGCCCUGUUGGAUGGGAAGAGUGCCUUUCACCCUUUCCCUGCAGUCUAAGUUCCAAGUAAGUUAAUGCUGGAGAUGGAAGUCUGGAAUACCGGUUUGGGUGGGGAGGCAGUGUGCAAGAGGAGGUCGUCUUCUCCCUUGCCAUUUCUCAGGCAGAAACGGUACCCUCCUGGCCCCACUUUGCAAAGGUGGUGGUGGAACGGGUACUUCUGCCCUCAGUGUCCAGCCUAUAAAGCAGGGGUAGGACAGCCUGGCUUUCCAGCUGUUGCUAAACUACAAUGCCCAUCAUCCCUAGCCACAACUUAUGGUGGCUGGGGUUGAUGGGAGUUGUAGUUCAACAACAGCUGGAGACCCAAGGUUGCCGACUAUAGAGAAUCCCAGUGGGUGAGCCUGUCUUUCAGCAUUCACUGGAAGGGAGAAAGCAUUGAGCUCACUCGGAGAAGAGCAGAGGAGCCCCCCACCCCCACCCCAUGAUCAAAGGGGCCAAAUCUAAGUUGACGCGAGAAACACAAAAGCAACACAUUUGCAGGAGUCAACAUCUUGUUUACUGAAGUUUGUAAAGAUUUUGUUUUUAAAAUAAAGCUAUUAACACAAAACCAAUAA